UUACAUUUCCCAAGUUUUCCGUACAUCCUAACUCUACAUUAUCUUUAUUAUACAACAUUUACUCUUGUUCUGGUUACCCCCGGGCCCUGAGAGCACCCAGGGGCCUGCCACACACAGGGGGCGCGGUGCAACACGACUGUCACUUGCUAUAGAUUCUUCCACGUAGGAGUGUUUACGUUGCCAGCUGUCAAACCAAAACAGCAGGGAUGGGGGCUCUCCUUAGCUACUUCCGGGGGCUCAUUGGCUCCCGAGAGAUGCGCAUUCUCAUUCUUGGUCUGGAUGGGGCUGGCAAGACCACCAUUCUCUACCGGUUACAAGUUGGAGAAGUUGUCACCACCAUCCCCACCAUAGGAUUCAAUGUGGAACAAGUUACAUACAAAAACUUGAGGUUCCAGGUUUGGGACUUAGGAGGCCAAACAAGUAUCAGACCCUACUGGAGGUGCUAUUACUCUAACACAGACGCCAUCAUCUACGUUGUGGACUCAGCAGACCGAGACAGGAUAGGGAUCUCCAAACAGGAACUUGUUUCAAUGCUGGAGGAGGAAGAAUUGAAGUCUGCUAUAUUAGCAGUGCUGGCAAAUAAGCAGGACAUGGAAGGUGCCAUGACAGUAGCUGAGGUUCAUUCAGCCCUGGGACUGGAUGCCCUCAAGACCCGCACCUUCCAGAUCUUCAAGACAUCGGCCAUAAAGGGGGAAGGUUUGGAUCAGGCAAUGGAUUGGUUAGCUAAUGCCCUUGCCACCAGAAAGUGAGACAUGGUCAGUGUGUAGCCUGAAUGGACACCUGUGUUGUGUGUGGCAGAGGUUGUCUGCACACUGCUUCUUUAUUGGACAGCCUCUUCCUGCCUCUCAACAGAUGAUGUACCCACCUCAAAGAGUGUCAAGCAUUCUCAGAAGUAAUUCAAUGUUUUAAAGCAAAGUUGCAUAUGAAGGAGGAAGAGGUGCACCUUGCUGGGCAGUGAUGCAUUCUGGCCACCACUUUUUAUGUGUAUGAGUGGAAUGAUGCAAGUUUGAUAUUUAAAUGAUUUUAUAUACAAAGGAAAAUUUGCUUAAGUUUUACUUCAUACAAGGGUGUAUUUGGUAAUCCAGCCUUAUAAUUAUCUUGUAUGAUUGAUAGAGAUGAAAAUGAAGAUUGGGAAAGAAAGUAAAUGAUGAAUAAUUAUGUUAAGAUAUUUUGUACAUAUGUGGCAGAAUGUUCUCUUAUUAUUGCCUCUGGUUUUCCUCUAGCUCUGUGUAAUAUUACAUCUCAAGCAAUAGAGACACACACAAACACACACCUCCUAGAAAACAGACAGUAGCUCAGAACAUGUUGGGUGUGAGGAAAGUGUUGUUGGCAGCUCUGCACACCCUUGGGGGCAUAGACCCAUCAGUGCCUGCCCAGGAUGGCUGCCCCCCCAAAGCAAGCCUUGAACUGGUGUAGCAUUGUGCUGAGUCGGGCAGAGUUAUUAAUUAGCAGCAGAACUUGUGCAUCAUACUGGACAUGGAACUUUUCCUUGUGUGUUUAUAGCAUUUAGGCAAAGUUUUGUAUCAGUAAUUACUUGGAGUUCAUUCCAUUCUUCUGAAACAUUUGUAUCUAUGAUGGCACCAGGGUCUCUUUCAUAUAUAUAUAUAUAUAU